AGUUGCGGGGUACAACGGAGCAGCGGGAGCGGCGCGGCCGGGCCGGAGAAUCCACCCAGUUUGGUGGGAACCAUGGAGAAGGUGCGAAGAGCAGAGCGCAGGGAGCAGCUGGCAGCUGAUCUGAGCCCGCACAGCUCCUGGCACGGAUACAGCGACAUGCCAUCGUGUUUCCAGGAUGAUCCCUAUGCUGACUCAUCCAUCGUUUCUGGCACACAGUCAGACCUUCCCAUGGAUCAGAGGGAAGCGAGGAGGUUGGUGAUGAAGAGGAAGGUGCUGAGGCACAGACCUGAUGGAAGGGUGGAGGUCUCCGAAGAGUCACCGAGCAUCAAGUCAGAUAUAAACACCUGUCCAUGGAACCUGGGGCAUUCCAGGACUUAUAUGGAUGACGCCAUCUCCGAAGGGGGAACAGAGACCACCAGCGGCAACUUGGAGGACUUCCUGCACUAUGAGGAUGAUGAGUGGUUCCUUGAGGACAGGCCCUACUCUCUCCUGGGGGAUUUUGGGAGCAACACUGUAUCUGAGCACGCUGUGCCCCGCGAGCGCGAGCGAUCGCCCGUGGUGCCCGCUUACAUUGCUCCACAGGCUGAGAGAGUGCGGAGAACUGACCCGGUGGCCAGACUCAAUGCGUACAGGCAGGACUGGCAAAGGUUCCGCUUUCCCGGGCAGGAUUCCCACCAGGGCUUGCGCUGGGCCAUGCGGACGCAGAUGCUGCAGUCGGGGCUGCCGCGCCAGGCGCAGAAGCGCCUCGUGCCCAACACGUACGAGGUGCCCACGACGAAGAAGCGCGACUCGCUGCGCUUCGGCGUGCGCUACGACCUGGCCCACUGCAACAUGCCCCGCCGGAACACCACCUCCUAGAGCCACAGCCCCGCUGCUUGCUUCUCCUCAACAUCCUCCCUAGUCUGGAAAAUCCCCCGGUGCACUUCAAGCAGCUUAAGUUUUGGUGUGGAGGAGGUUUUCUUUGCAAUGUCUCGGCAGUAUCUUUCUCAAU